AUUCACCUAGUUCACAGUACAAUUAGGUUAACGGUGACCGUCUACCUUUGCAAUUUAUGGGUGUUAUUUUAUUGAUUUAUUUUGCGUUGAUUCAUUUGAAGCCCAAAAUGCAUUUAGAAUGGCUCUCCAAUCGCGCGUAAUUUAAUUCAGGAGGUUAUACAAACUUUCAGUGUAGCAGGUUUCAUAAAAAGCAACCAGUGAUUUUGGACGAAGUCAAUUCUCGGUCUGUCUCUAUUCACCAAUCCAUUUAUUUUAUUUGAAUGCACACAUUUGUUUUACAUAGAUGUUAUAGACUUCACUGAUAUGGAUGUUCGUUUGGAAAACCACUUGGAUUAUUUUAUCCACGACAAUACUGCUGCUGCGGGCUUGAGUCCAGAAAUGCUGGCAGUUGCACGGGAAGCCUUCCGUGCUGGGGACUUCAACCUUCUUGCUGAGAUAUACGGCUCCCAGCUGGCGGACCUCCGACACCCGGACCGGAGCCUCUGCCUUCUGAAUGCGGAUGCUCUCAGCCGUGCAGGGCGGAUAGCGGAGGCUCUGGAUUCAUACUGCACCGCCGCCAACUUGGACAGGUUACGACCAAACGAACUAGGGUCUCUCGUUGACUGUAUUGCGCACACUUUGCGCGUAAAAGAAUGCCUAAAAGAAUGCACAGACUCCAAUGGGGUUUCCGAGGAUGAGCAUUCGUUGGACCUGUUCUCAUGUCGGCUUUGCAAGGGCUUGUUAAUCGAGCCAACAACUUUGGAAUGCGGCCAUACAUUCUGCAAACCAUGCAUUGAGGAUGACGGUGUCAAAGAAUGUGAAUUCUGUCGUUACAAACUGAACAAAACAAAUAGAGAAUUAAAGCCAAUCGGGUUUAAAGUGAAUGUAGUACUCAGUGGGCUGUUGAGUAAAUGGUUUUGUGCAGAGAGUGAAGCAAGACGAUGCUGGCUUGAAGGGGAUAGAAUGCGGAACGAACAGGGCUUUAUCAACGCACUUGAAAAAUACAACUACGCUCUUGAAAAAGCCCCCUUUAUGUGUGGGCUGCUGGCCCGACGGGCAGAGCUGCAUAUGGCGAUGAACAACUUCAGACAGGCCCUACAGGAUGGAGACGCCAUGUGUCGACUGACGCCCCUCUCUCCCAAGGCUCACUACGUGAAGGCCCUGGCUCUGAACAAAGCCGGUUAUAAUGAAGAGGCUCUGCAAGAAUACCUCUACUGUCUGGCUCUGAAGCCAGACUGGACCUCAGUCAAGCUGGAAACGCAAAAGUUAAGCGACUCCACUGUGUUUCUAAUGCUGAGUGAGAUGUUCUCCACGUUCAAGACAGACGGUCUCCCCACGUCAUCACUUCGCCUCCACCCAACAGGCCCCGCCUCCCACCUCAAACCAGCCUCCCAUCUCCUCGACUCCCUCCAUUCCACCCCUCGUAGAUGGAGCCAUACCCCUACUGGCCGUAGAGACAGUUUGUCUGACACUGGAGCAGAGACCAAGUCCUCAUGUGAGGUUUCCAAGACCCUGGCUUCUGUUGUGGCUGCCUUACCUCUCCCCCCUGGCCUAAAGAGGAAGUUCUCAGACGAACCCAUAGGCUCUGCACCCCCCAACAAGCUGCCCAGAAAAGUCUUGUGUUCCGAUGAGUCAAGCUCAUCCCAGGUGCCUGCUGCUUGUUGCAGUGAGAGGAGAGAGGUGCCCCCUCAGCUCCUGGAUAGCUCUGACAUGGACUGCUCUGUUUGUAUGAGGCUGUUCUACGAGCCAGUCACCACCCCCUGUGGACACACCUUCUGCAUGAAGUGUCUUGAGCGCUGUCUGGACCACAACCCCAACUGCCCCCUGUGUAAAGAGAACAUUACAGAGUACCUGGCCACUAGAGGGUACCAUAAGACCCUGCUGAUGGAGGAGGUGCUGCAGCGCUACCUGUCUGAGGAGCUGGCUGAGAGGAGCAAGGUGUACCAGGAAGAAAUGGCAGAGCUCUCAAACUUGGCCCAGGAAGUUCCCAUCUUCAUCUGCACCAUGGCAUUUCCCACAAUUCCCUGUCCCCUGCAAGUCUUCGAGCCGUGUUAUAGGCUGAUGAUCCGACGCUCUAUGGAGACGGGAACCAAGCAGUUUGGAAUGUGCAUCGCUGACGACAUCAAAGGCUUCGCAGACUACGGCUGCAUGUUGGAGGUGAAAGACGUGAAGUUCCAACCAGACGGGCGCUCGGUGGUCGACACGGUCGGAGUGUCCCGCUUCAGAGUGCUGAGCCACGGCCACCGCGACGGCUACAACACAGCCAAGAUAGAGCACCUGGAGGACCAGAAGGUGGAGGGAGAGGAGCUGGCGGAGCUGCAGAAGCUGCAUGACUGUGUGUACGAGCAGGCCAGCACCUGGUUCACCUCCCUCAAAGACAACAUGAAGAACCAGAUCGUCAGCCACUUUGGACAGCUGCCUGAAAAAGACCCUGACAUUCAGGGGGGUGCCAGUGGUCCUGCAUGGUGUUGGUGGCUGCUGGCUGUACUGCCCCUGGAGAAGAGAGCCCAGCUAAGCAUCCUGGCCAUGACCACCCUCCGAGAGCGCCUCAGCACUACCCGCCGCGUGCUCAGCCUCGUCACACGCAAACACCCUCCACCGCGGCGACCAUCUUCAGCAGCGGCAUCAUCAUCAUCACUGUAGUGGCCCCCCGAGAGGUGAUCAGUUUAGAAUAAUCUGGGCCCAGUUAGGAGAAAUCCAGAUUGUCAAAAGUUACCUAUCGGCUCUGAUUAAAUGCAUAGAAAUAUAAUGAAUAGAACGGGAGUCCCCGUUGAAGUCGGUUAUUUUUCUGUUCUAUUCAUUAUAUUUCUAUGCAUUUAAUCCUAUCUGAUAGAUGACAUCCGGAUAGAUAAUCUUUGGAAAACUGGGCCCUGGAGAAGAAGGGAGAGGAUACUCCAUUUUCCUCUGAAGCUCUAGCCUCAGAUAAAGAGUUUCAACAGUGGGAAUGAUUCAGCAGUGUUGUUCAUGAUCUCAGGAAUGGGUUGUACUUGAGUCUUACAAAAAGGAUCGAUGGACUAGCCCUACCCAACCAAAACACAUAAAUGUGUGUCAGGUUUGCGCACAUAUCUUUGGGUCAAUUUCAUUAAGUCCAGAUUUGUCAUGUGUGGUACAUUCGUUUAUUUUGUUCUUAUUUUAUUGUUGGCCUUUGUACAAAUGAGGCCUUAAUUUAUUUUUGCAAUAUGUUUUUUUUCUACUAUUUGUCAUGUGAAGCCAAUUUUCAUGUACAGAAAUGUAGCGUUUUUCUAUGGGACAUAAUGAAUAGAAUGCACACCAUCACUUACUGGAACAAUAUGUUCUACUGUAUGUUGGUAAUCAUGUCAGGAGGGAGCGCUUGAUGCAAGCAAGUGAAAAAUAGCAGCACAGACAUUGUAGUAGCACCAAACAUCCACAGGGUGGCAGUAAGUGUGAGCAAAGACGAUCAGUGCAGACAACCCUACAUUUGAACAGGUGUUUUUUGCGGAGGACAGAUCCACCCCUUUCCUCUCUGUCACAAAGACAAUGGACAGUAGGACAACACUCCUGUCAUUCAACAGCCUAGUUUAGUUAAAUGAAUCAAAGCUUGAUUAAAUAUAGUAAGCCUAAAUCAUGUCUUUAUAAGUGGCUUCAUAGCUCGUCAACCAUCUUGAUUAAUUAACCAAUGAUUUUCAGCUUGCUCAAUUGCACAUCGGAACCAAUGUUUUCAGCCUCUCCAUGGUGUGUUUUCCCAGCAACACUGCUGUGUUCUGAUCUAGACAGACUGGUCCCAGGUUGAAGUCCCUUAAGGGAAUGUUCAUCACUGGAUGCUGUACAGCAGGGGUGUCGAACUCAUUCCACAGAGGGCCAAGUGAUUGCAUUUUUUUAUUUCAAUUAAGACCUACCCAACCAGGUGAGGGGAGCUCCUUGCUAAUUAGUGACCUUAAUUCAUCAAUCAAGUACAAGGGUGGAGCGAAACGCUUCAGGCACUCCGCGGAAUGAGUUUGAUGUGCUGUACAGUAACAUUUUUGUUUUUUACAGUAACAAUGAGGCCAAUUGGUGUUUUUUCCCAAUGUGCUGUUGUGAGGCAUGCAUAGACACUCGCCUUCAUAGUUAUCUACAUGAGUCUAUUCCAAAAUCACACAGUGGGUCUCUUUCCCCCCCCCACAAACAGAGGUUGUCAAGAGGCCUGGGCAAAGGCACAACAUAUUCCAUAUUCCAAAUUGUAAGGACUGGUGUACUGUGUGGUCACCACAUUAAAAGCUUCUGUGACAUGGCAUAUCUCACCCACACAGUCAGAUCUUGGAGAAGCAGCCAGGUGAGUAAUUUGGGUUACUUAGAAGUCAGAACCGAAGACGACAUGUCAUAUUUGUAGACAAUGAGUCACCUUCGUGCUCCGUCAUCACCAUGUUGGAAGGAUCUGGAUUCUCCCGAAUUGAUUCAUUUCCAAACCCUCUUGAUAAACACACACGCCAUCAUUCUCCCAGACCAGUGGAGGCUGCUGAGAGGAGGACGGCUCCUAAUAAUGGCUGGAUCGGCGCGAAUGGAAUGGCUGCAAACCAUGUUUGAUGUAUUUGAUACCAUUCCACCGAUUCCGUUCCAUCCAUUACCAUCAGCCCGUCCUCCCCAGUAAAGGUGCCACCAACCUCCUGUGUGCCAGACACAUUUGCAGAAAUUGCUCGUCACUACAUUUUUGGUAACACAAAUGUGAAAAUUGCAUUCAAUGAAUCUUAACUUAUACAUAAAUGUAUGAUUUUGCUACUUGUGUGUUCAUUAGGCCCAAAACGUGUAUUAUUCAAACCAUUCGAUAUAGUUAUACGUUUACCAUCAAUGUCACCCUCAAAAGUCAGGCCACGGUUUGUGUCUUGAAAGGGGGUCUAUUUGAACAGUGGGAAAAUAAUGAUCUGCAGAUCUUUUUGGCAUGGUCUCUUUGAACCAUCUGUUUUAUAGCCUAAUAAAUAUUUAUUGAAUUCUGACCAUU